AUGCCGCAGGCCAUUCGGUUUGCGCUCUCUGUUGCGGCACUGGUGGCGUCCAGCGUGGCAACAGAAUUUCAAGCACAGUCGCCCCUCCCCAAACCACAGCGACACCUGGUGCCAAGCGCCUGUUGCACCAAGUGGCGAUCUGUGGCAACGGCUCUAAACCUGUCUCGGAUCCACCUGCCAGAGUGGCUCUGGCCCAAACUUCAGCUCUCCAUGCAGACCAUCACUCCGGUCCGUUCGCGAGACAGUCGACAGCACUGGAGCUCUUUUGCUUUCGAGCCCGAGCCACUGUGUCUGCCAGAGGAUGCCUCGUGUUUGGGCCAUUAUACAAAGCUGCUACCGAUUUUGGCCUGUCGUCCGGCAGUGAUUCGUCUUCUCAUCAAUGCCGAGGCGUGCGCUGCCUACGUGACCGACGCACCCGCCUUUGAGAAAGAGAUGACGGUAUCAACCCGAGCAGCUCGGCUACACGAUGUGUUGUAUGCGCAUGGGCGGAUGCAGCAGCAAAAGCUUUUGCUUGCAGCAGAAAAAUCUUCAAAGCAGGCGCGGCCACUCGCCGAUAAAAAGCAGGUCGAUGUCUAUUUAAAGGCAGUGAUGCGACUGCUCGGUCAGCUGCAGCAGCAGCAAGCCUUACCAGACCUUGAACUGGGCCACCUCACAGUCUUAGAGCGGCUGAUAAUAGAGCUCAAAAGCCACCGACCACACCUUGAAGCCAGUCAGCUCUGCUCUCUUGUCCCCCUCGUGUGUCUCUCCGACGACGACGAGACCCCGAACAUUCCAACACACGAGAAAGAGAAGAAAAAUCGAGCCAACCGCCGCCUGCGGCAAGCAAGGCACACGCCCAGCCCGCUGCUCAAGCUAAAGCUGCUGCUCCUGCCCCUGCCCCUGGCCCUGCCCCUGCGCGAGUGCAAAAGUCAGCGGUAUCAACAGUUGCCAAGGCCGGGCCCGCCCACACGCCAGCUCCUGCCCCCGUCUCGGCAGCGCCUCCCAUCCGCCAUGCUGGCCCGCCGCCAGGAUGGAGUGUGCGUGGGGAUGCCAGCGGGCUCAGCAUUCCUGCCACGCACGCACCAGCGCAAGCCAGUCUCGCCAAUCGUGAAAAAGCACAUGCAAGCCAUAUUUUUGACAGCGCGGGAAGCACUGAAGUGCCCGGGCGGCACGCUUCUGCCAUGCCGCAACACGCCUCAUUCCAUGGCUGAUUACUUUCACGACCCCCAAGGCGAGGCUCGCGUGGCCAGGCCCAAGCCGAUUCGAUCCGUUCAAGAGCGCCGGAAACAGCAACAAAGUUUUGUUGAUAUUGUGUUGGAGGAGCCCCCACUGGCUGCGCCGCCUCGAGCCAACAAGACGGGUCGCACGAGCAAAACGCGUGCCGCAUCAUCCAAGACCACUGGGCUGCGUCACGCCCCCACAGGAUCCACAUCGACCGGUGGCAGCGGGCGGGCAGGUCGAGGUAUGGUCUUUGUGCCCGAGGAAGAUCCCCGGGCAGCGGCUCGGCGCCAGAAGGCUUGGGCGGCGCGAAUCAAAGGCGCGCGGUCCACCAUCGACAAUCGUGUUCCAGAUGCGAUGACCAAAAACCCGAUUGGGCGGCGGAGGCAUGGCUUGGAAAAGCCCGUGCGUCGAGCCCCUGCACCUCGGGAGAACGCUGCGUCGGAACGCCGCCUUCAAACGCGGCGUGAGGCACAAGAGGCAGACCUACGGCAUGAGCGGGCUGCAGUGCAACCUCGACGACCGCACAGCAUAUCACGAGCCAAGCAAGACGUGUCGGACGCAUCGGGCGCAGAUUCUGACGGAGAGCGCUUGGAUUCGGCCGUGCAGCGCGCAGAAGCGCUGCUGGAAGCAUCCCAGGCGCCAAAUGCUGAUGCCACAGGCCCUUCUUUGUCGGCCAGCCAGCACGAUCUGGGCUUGACGCAACGUGUCAAUUUAGUCGAUCAGGAAGAUGCUGCUGGGGAAACGAUCCGAGCCUGGGCCAGUGGACCAGACGACGAGGAUGAUGGCCAUGACAAAAGCUUUGAACAGGACGCUGCUGCCUCCGAGUCGGCGUCCCACGACUGGGCAUCGCACAGUGAUGCGGACACGGACUUUAAGGGCACCGCGACAUUUCGACGCCCUAUUGAUCAGGAUGAGGACCAGUCGGCUGCGGACUACCACGCGCACCGCGUUGGGGAGGGCACCCUCGACGGCGGGGCAACCUUGACGCGCCCGGGCACGGCAUGGAAACCAGAGACAAGUCGAGCUGCGGCCUCUGGCGAGCGAUGGGCAUCACCGAAAGCAAACAUGAGUGGAAACUUUGCAGCAGACGUCGUUGAGGAUGCACCCGCCCUCACGAGCCGCUCGGCUUCGCUGCUGGCACGCGCUGAGCGCCUGCGGCAGCGACGACAGCGACAAGACCUUGAUGCGGACGCCGAGGCGGAGGACGCUCGAAGCAAGGCAUUACGUGGCAUGGAUCUGCUGCAAGACGUUAGUCAGGACUUGGCCUGGCAAGGGGCGGCGACUGAAGGGGCCAUCGUCGAGGUGAUGAACAGCCAUUAUCGACGCAACAAGCAUCAUUUGGACUCGGCCACGUUGGAACGCCAGCUGCAACGCCUGGCCUCAGAUCUCCGCAUCACAUGGCAGCCCCCGCCCCCGGCUACGAAACUUGCCAGCGUGAGCCUGGGAGAUGGCGCGGACUGA